AAUACAAAAAAAACUCUAAAGAAACAUUAAUUUUUUUUUGUUACAUAGAAAUAUUAAAAUUUAAAAAACCCUAAAAAAAUAAUAUCAGCACAGCAGUUCCAUAAAAAAAUCGAGAAAACAAGUUGAAGGUGCAACGACUCAAGUUUGGCCGUAAAAAAGCAGAAGCCGGUAAACACAGCCGAAGUUGGUCACCGGCCGCCAAAAACGGCUUUUCACUUCAGAUCUAUUUACAGCUAUGUCUGGCAAUAAUUCAAGUUGCACCAUUUACAUAGGCAAUCUGGAUGAGAGGGUGACAGACAGAGUCUUGUAUGAUAUAUUAAUUCAAGCUGGACGAGUGGUAGACUUGCACAUCGUUAAAGAUAAGGAAUCGGAGAAGCCAAAAGGCUUUGCCUUUGCAGAAUAUGAAACUGAGGAGAUUGCAGACUAUGCUGUCAAACUUUUCUCAGGCCUUGUAACACUGUACAAACGAACGCUGAAGUUUGCGUCUGCUAAUAAACAGAUAUCUGGAAGGGACAAAAAUACCCCUAAUAGUUCUACAGCUACUACACCCACAUCAAAUUCUUCUCAACGACCAAGGCCUUACCCUGUGCAAGUGCAAAUAAACAGUUCAGAAAAUUUUCAGCAUCCCACUAGGCAAUCAAUACCUGACCGAUUCUCAGAUCAUGCAGUAAAUUAUUCACAAGUUCCUCCUCCUCAUCGUGUAACUGACCAACCUAGUGGGUAUGGAUCUCACUACAGCAGCAACCAUAUGGAUUACAGUCGGAGAGCUUUUGGGGAGGCAUUGGAUAACGCCACCCGUUCUAGUUCUAGGUCACGCCGCCCUGAUGGAGUUAGCCCAAUUUCUUAUCCACCUUACUAAUAUUUUCAAAAGAUCUGAGAGAUUAAACUUCCAUUAAAUAUUAGUUGGAAGUGAAAGUAGAAUGUGAAUGCUAGAUAUCCAAUAUCUGCUAGUGUUUUAAGCAAAGCCAUUGUUGUUGUAGGUGUACCAAAGUUCUUCGUCAUCCAGGUGGGUUGGUGUGUAUGAACUAACUUAUUACCAUUUCCUUCCUUGUUAUUGAGGAAUACCUCCCAUGUACUUCUGUAGGUUAAACUCCAUAGUUACAGAAGGUUUCUUAUUGCCUGUUCAGAGUGACCAUUUUUGGAUUGCACUUGAUGAAAAUUGACUGAUUAAAUUGAA